ACCCAGUCCAGGCGGAGCUUCCUGUCUGCACAUACGAGCUGUGUUUUCUAGCCGCUCCUCAGAGAUCGGAUCAGCUGCAGCCUCAGACCUCACAACUCACCUGUUGAGAGUCCAGGAUGAAGAAGAUUGUCCUCGACGUGGACACUGGCGUUGAUGACGCUCAGGCCAUCAUGAUCGCCCUCUCCUCCCCAAAUGUGGAGAUUCUGGGGAUCACCUGUUGCCAUGGCAACACUCCCUUGGACAACGUCCUCAAGAACACCCUGCGAGUUCUGAAAGUCUGCAACAGGCUGGAUAUUCCGGUUUACAAGGGAGCGUCCAGGCCCAUCCUGGUCAAAAAGCGGAACGCUGGAGAUUAUCACGGAAAGGACGGGCUGGGGGAUGUCCCAGAGUCUGACGCUACAGGUCUGGAGCUUCUGCAGAAGAAGAAAGCUCCAAACGCCAUGAUCAAGUACGCGCAGCAGAACCCUGGAGAGGUGAUCCUUGUGGCCACUGGACCCCUCACUAAUCUGGCUGUCGCCGUGCAGCUGGACCCUUCCUUCCCUAAGAAGCUAAAGGCGCUCUACAUCAUGGGAGGAAACACUGACUCCAGGGGCAACACCACUGCAUGUGGAGAGUUUAACUUUGUUGCUGACCCAGAGGCGGCGUACAUCGUGUUGGACCGGUACAACUGUCCCACCUACAUCGCUGCAUGGGAGUUCAGCUGCAGGAGCAGCCUUCCAUGGUCGUUCUGUGACGAGUGGCUGGCUCAAAAAACGGCCAAAGCUGAAUUCAUGAGGAAGAUUUCAACCCUUUCAAUGAAGAAAGCUCGAUCACCUGAAUAUCAAAAGGAGAUCACUGCAGGAAAGGGCUUCAACCCCUGCGACGUCUUCGCCUUAGCUGCUGCCGUGGACGACGGGUUCAUCACCGAGAGCGAGGAGGUGGCGGUGACCGUGGAGCUGAACGGGACGCACACCCGAGGCAUGAUGGUCCUGGACUACAUGGAGCUGCUGAAGAAGGACCACAAGGUCUUCAUCAUGAAAACCAUGGACUUGGAGAAACUGAAGAAGAUGCUGAUGAAAGCCGUCAUGUAGAUGCUGAACCAAAACCAUCCAAAUAAAGGAGAUCAACAGUU